AAAGAGUUGGUAGUUUCUUGGAUUUAUUUCUAGGGUAACAUCUGCUUUUGAACGUCUCAACACAUCUUUAAGUUAACUGUGAAGCGCACUACCGAAAUCAAUGCCAACCGAUCGUUGCACAAAGACGAACAAGUAUCCUGCUGAUCAUAAGAGACUAUCAACGAACUGUGUGGAGUGAAUUGAAUGACAAGUGGAGAUAUGAGUUUCAUCAAUUAAGCUCUUCUGUGAAGAAACAAAACUGGAUGACGUCAGGUGCUGCCAUGGUUACACCAAGGAAUGUGUUAACAAAGUACACAUACACAAUAUUGGCACCAUGGAAACGUGAUAAUCGUUUGAGUGUGUGAAUCUAAGACGUAAAUGGUGAAAUUGAGCGAUUUCUCAUCCAAUGUUACAUGGGAAAGUGUAUUUGUCAACUCUGUUCUUGUGGGCGUCAUCGUUGCCCACAUACACUUGGUCAGGAGAACAGAGUAAUCAACAAAGAUCCUAAAAACAAAUGCAAUGUAACUGAAUAUCGUGGACGUUACAAUCAAAUCACUACUAGACGUGGUCCCUUUCCAAAGCCAAUCGACAAAAUACGCUACGAUGGUCCCACUAGUACCCAAACUACCAACGCAGAAUCUUACGUCACGCACGAAGUGAAAGUUCCCAAAGCAAAAGAACCUGAAAAGUUUAUACCCAAUCCGUAUCGUUUUGAUGCGAUUUCCGAACAUCAUGACCACUACAGGGAGUUGAAUGGUAUUCCAGCUAAGAUUCCUCCGUAUCUGAAAUCAACGACAUUUCGUAAGCCUUCUACUAAAGGAAAAUACAUAUCUACGAAACAAGAAGAUUUCAAGGCUUGGUCCACACCUGCGCGUCCAGCGAUAGUUCAUAGGGGGCAUUCCUACAGACCACCAAGCAAGCCGUUUCAAGAAACCUCUCUACAUCGACAGGAUUUCAAACAGUUUUACCAAGCACCAAACCCUAGUGCAAGGCCACCGGACAAAAUUGAUUUUGGAGAAAAAACUGAUUUUCAAACUACAACGCAAAGUUUCCAUAAGCCUUUGAAGGUAUCACCUGUGAGACCCAUAGAACAGCGUCAAGAAAUGGAGUUACCUCCCAAGUCUGCUUUCACUAAAAAAUCCGUGUUCAAAGCAGAUUUCGUCGAUCACAGAACCAACAAGUCAGCUCGUAUAUUCAAACCAGAAAGCCAUUUGUUUCAAACUCCACAGUUGAUGCAAUUGCAAACAACGCAGGCUGAUUCUUACAAGGUCUGGCCAAUACCAUCAAGGCAACGAAAAGCCCCCGACAUAUAUGUCAAGCCUGAGGGAGAGAUGAUUAUCAUGCCUGUUUCACGUGAUUAUUCCGAUCACAGAGAAACUGGAAUUCCAGCAAGAUCAGCUCGACCUCGCACCAAGAUUCAGCGAGGUCGAGAAUUCCCAUUCAAUUCAACUACGAGCUACUCGACUGAAUACCAAAAACAUACCACGUCCCCCCUGAUUGUGAACUUGAAGCAAAAUGCACGCGAGUGCAAUGAAAUAUUUCCUACCUCCUCGAACGAUGCCAUCGUAACAUCUGAAUUUUUGGAUAAAUACAAAAGGCACGAUGUCCCCCCGGUUAGGAAGUUUAAGGAAGACAGCCACCUGUUUAAAACAUCCGCUAGUUUUACGGAUACGACGCUAUAUAAGGAUCAUUUUAAGGGAGAGCGGAUUAAAUGUCCCACAGAGGCUUUACUACGUAACAAAGAAUUGUUUGCUUUGAGCCACGUCAACGAAGAAGGUCACAGAAUUUACGAGAUGAAUAAUCAGACACCAGAUUCUCUUCCACAGGAAGUUUUUGCUGCGUAAUUAUUUUAUCAAUGUUUUGAAUGCAUAGUAGCUACAAACAUGUUCGAAAAGUUUUGUUUUUAGUCAAGAUAGAAAGAAAUUUAAAUUUCAUCCAUCUUUUUUUGAAAGGCGUUCUUCCUUGUUCUUCUCAAUUGAAUACAACAUAAGAAAAUAGCAUAAUCCUUUAUCCAUUAACAAUAAACAAUAAUAACCUUAUCUAAAAACAUUUGAAUGUUAAAAAAACUACUUCGUCGAAAAGUUAAUUGAAGAACAUGAAUCUGGCUUUAUGCUAAAGAUGCUCUGAUUGCUCUCAGCCAAUAAAAAGCGCUGUUUGAAUGACGUCGUUGGAAUCACGUCGUUCAAUAAUCUGAAAAAAGCCAAAGUUUUUUUUGUUGAUCUAGAAGCCAAUUAUAAGAAAACCUAAGAAAUUAUGUAAACA